UUCUUUUCUGGCCGGAAACUUUAUAGCAGAUGCUGAAUGUCAAGAUGACGAAUUUGAAUGCAAUGACGGUAGUGGGUGCAUACCAAGCCAAUCAUAUUGCAAUGAAAUAGAAGAUUGCCGAGAUGGAAGUGACGAAUUAGAAUUCGACACUUGGGUGAACAAUUAUGAUGAAAUAUGUAGAUAUCACGAAAACAAAGUGGGAAGCUGUGUUCUUCCACAAAAUCAGACUCAUAAAAAAGAUGUGUUGUGUAAUGAAGAUGCGGUCUGUCCUUGGUUUAAAUUCAAAUGUGCUAAUGGGCAAUGUUUAGAUUCGGAUUUGUUUUGUGAUGGAGAAUCGCAUUGUAGUGAUGGGAGCGACGAGAUAAAGUUUAACAAAACGAUACACACAUCGGAUGAUGGCAUAGCAUGUCGAAAUAUUGAAAAUCCGAAGAACAUUUGCCUGUUACCAAAAAAUCAAAAUCAUACUUUGGAUCACAUAUGCGGAGACACUAAUUGCGAUGAAAGUGAUUUUGUAUGCUCAGAUGGUUCAGGAUGUGUAAACAAAGCAGGAUUUUGUAAUGGAAAACCGAAUUGCGCAGAUGGGAGCGAUGAGAUUAGAUACAACGAAUCAAUUCACACCGAAUUGGAUGGUGUUCCGUGUCGUCAUUACGCAAACUUACUUGAUAUUUGUCUACUUCGCGCGGACAUGGCACAUCUUGAGAACUUAUAUUGCAGAGAAGACGAUGAAUGCUACGAUGGUGAUUAUAAAUGUAAAGAUGGAUCGAGAUGUAUACGAGGAUCUGAGUUUUGCGACGGAAAAAUUGAUUGCAGCGACGGGGAUGAUGAGAUAUUAUACGAUGCCUAUGUACAUACAAAAGACGAUGGAAUUGGAUGCAUGCCUCAUACAGAUAGUUCAGGCCGCUUCUGCCUUUUACCAACAAAACAUAUGUGCGACGGAAACAUACAUUGUCCAAAUGCUGAAGACGAAUGUGGAUGCAGAUCGUCGUCCAUAUUUUGCGAUGGCCAAGGACAUUGUCCGUUUGAAAUAGAUGAAUGCUUCUGCGAAAAUAAUACUCGGUCAGAUGAAAUUCAAUCUGACGAUAAAUGUUUCCAAUGUUUGGAUGGAUCUCGUGUGAUUUCAUCUACGCAAGUUUGUGACAAUGUUAUACACUGCACGGAUUUGUCAGACGAAUGUCUAUGUGUCCGCGAACAAUCUCUGGAUCUUGAAGCUUUAUGUCAAGAUAUAUACGGCAAAAAUGAAGAAAUACAAGAUACCCCAAUGAACUGUUCGUUAUCAACAGUGGAUGGCUGCCUGUUCAAAGACCUUAUUUGUGAUGGAAGAUUCGACGAAGUGACAAAAAGAGAUGAAAAGUUUUGUCCACGUAUAUCCACAGAUGCAGUGUGCUCAGAUGCUGACCAUUUGAUAGAACUCGGUAUUCCAAGAUGCAACUACGAAUGUCAAUUUUCAGGAAAACGAGCAGUUACAUGUGACGGGAAACUAACGUGUGAACAAUUUGACGACGAAUGCAGCGAUGCGUGUGAAAAUCAGCCUGAGUUUUGCAGAUUCGUAGAACCCGAGUUGUUUCUUGGUUCAAAUUUCGUCUGUGGUAGUUCGUUGUUGUGGGGUUGGGAUAGAGUUGAGGCAGAAGAAGUAUGCAAUGGUAUACCGGACUGCAUUGGGGGAAACGACGAAUUGUACUGCAUGAACAAGUUCUACUGUGAUUCUGAACCACCAAUACAUAUACCAAUUGAGAAAAAAUGCGACUUGAUCCCGGAUUGCGAGGACCAGAGCGACGAAUUAUAUUGUGGUAACAACACAUACGAUUGUCAGAUAUCGGAAAACAAAUCUGAAAGUUGUGGCAUCACUCAUUUCUACUGCAUUGACAAUGGCACAACGCUGUAUUUGGACAGAAGAAAGCAGGUUUGUGACGGUAACGAGGAUUGUAAAUCGGGAGUUGAUGAAUGCCAGAAUUGCACUGUUGGAAUCUUUUCAGAUGAUGAUGCAAUGAUCAGUUCAAAGCCAAUUAUUCCCUUUUUGUGGUUGAUAAGUGGAUGUGCAGUAUCGGGGAAUAUUCUUGUUAUAUAUAUAUCUACAAAACGAUUGGCAAACUACAAAAAAUCAUCAAAAAUGGAAAUAAAUCAGAACAUAUUAGUAUGGAAUUUGGCUAUUGCGGAUUUACUUGUUGGAUUAUAUACAAGUGCUAUAUCAAUUCAAAACAUCAGGCUGAGCGAAAACAGAUAUUGUCUGGAAGAUCAAAGAUGGAGAAGUUCCCCUGAAUGUUCAAUGUUGGGAGUUAUGCUUUUAGUAGGAUCAGAACAAUCUGUGCUUUCUCUCUGUAUCAUUACUGGAUUCAGAAUGAAAGCAGUUCUGAGGCCUAUGUCGAGAACUCGAGCAAGAUCAGUUUUGAUGUGUAUGGCACUGGGAUGGAUUGUUUCAAUCAUUCUAUCGAUAAUUCCCAUUGUACCUUCGGCAAGCGACUAUUUCACAGAAGUUUUUUGGUAUUCACAGAACACAUUUGUAACAACAAUUAACCGAGAAGACGUUCCUGUGUUAACUGAAAGAUUAUUGACAAUGCUGAAUGUUUCAUCAACCUCAUCUGGUUGGACUUUGCUGGAAAAUUUGGUCAAAAAUCUAAAUCCAGCUUAUAUUCCCGAACGUCGAUUCGGAUUUUAUUCGUCUCAUGGUGUCUGUCUUCCAAGACUGUUUCCUGAUCCAUCCAACGACGCAGCUUGGGGAUAUUCUCUCAUGUUCAUUCUGAUAAAUUUUUGUGCAUUUAUCUAUAUAUUUGUUGGCUACUUGAUUAUUUACAUAAAAUCUACCAAAACAAAGAUUGCUGGAUCGUCAACGGCAUCAAAAACAAGGGCUGUCGCACUUCAAAGAAAAGUGACACGGAUCGUAGUAACAGAUUUUCUCUGCUGGAUGCCAAUAUGUCUGAUGGCUCUUCUCCAGUUAUUUGGUAUUCCCAUUCGAACCGAGCUCUAUGUACCGGUAGGAACAAUAUUGAUUCCUAUCAACAGUGCAUUAAAUCCGUUUCUAUACACGGAAAUUCCAGAUGUUCUAUUGAAACGAUUUCAAAUAAUUCAAGAAUGGGGAAGACGAUUUUCUUCAAGAUUUGGUUCGUCUACAAAGCGCACUGAACUUGAUGACGCUAUACCAUUACAAGCUACUGAUAGUAAAAAGAUUCAGGAUAAGAGUAAAAAAAGAGAUGAAGAACAAAAGCUCAAGAAUUGAAACUUCUCGCUAUGAAUUGGCAGAUUCUCGUCGUAUAGUCUGCUCACCAAGACCUUUAUUUUAAUUUGGAAGCUUUGUAUAUAUUGAGCUUUUGAAUGUAUUGCUACAAUAUUAGCCGAAGAAAGCAAAGAUUUGAUAUUGGAGACAUGUCAUCGCAGAAAGUUUUUUUGCUUUACAAUGUGUAUUGUACAAAUAAUCAAUAUUAAAUAAAUGAUCAUGAAAUGUGACAGACUGGCCUCCCACAAAAAGAGCAAUAGUAAAAACGGCGGUUGGUGCGGAACACGCUUUUAUAGCACCUAGGAUCAACUUCCCAGGUUCCAACCAAUGGAGAUAAUUGUGCGCGAAAGGGCAGCUGGACUCAAAAAAAAUUUUGCACGUUUCCUUCGACUCGCAAAUUAACCGCCUUUUAUUCCACUAGUAUUCCGUGCCAACUACCCCAUGAAAGCGGAGUUUGAAGUUGUGCCAAAUUGAGUGGAAUUUCAACUAAAAUCUCCACAAUUAUACAGUAAUUAAAAAACGCGACAAAGAUAUCAGAAGGCGGUGAUGAACUCAUUUAUAAUACAACUAGCCCUAACCCUGAGUGGAUUCGCAGGUUUAAACCCACUUGACAUGAUAGGAUUUACAUAUUUAUCCCGGGGGAGAUGAAAGACGAUAAGUAUAUUUCGACUCUUACUUAUCGGCCUCCCUCUCCCCCGGGAUUAAUAUGUAAAUUCUAAUCCUAUAAAGGCAGCUUAACCAUACGGCGAACCACGGCUUGCUCAUGCAAGUGGGUUUCUGACAGGUCAUGGUUACAACAGAGAUCAGCAGU